CGUAGUGCAGGUGGGAGUCAGCCACCUGGGAUUAUCAGCAGCCUUCAGACGUGCGGGCUCAGGGCUUGUCCCAGGGUGCUGGGUGAAGAGCAUUUGGAAACCCCAGCGCCUGUCAGACCCUUUUGCAUCUGGGGGCUGGAAGCAGCGGAACGAAAGGCAGAGGUUCCUCGGUUGCUGGGCCGGACGUAGACCCAGUCUGUCCGUCCUUUCAAGUUUCCCCCGAGGCUGGGAUCAAUGCGUACGGCAAAUUCAGCUGUCUGGCGCCGUUGUGGUCGUAGUUGGCCCGAGUUAGAGGCCAACUGAGCAAUCUUCGUGCCCCAGAUUACAGAAUAAAAUGGAGCAGGUAUGAAAAAAUGAAGGAUGUAUCAAUUUUUUAUUUGCUUGUUUUGGAGGGACAAGGGACAAACAAAACAAAGAUUCGUUGACCUACAGAAUGCUUCGAUACCCAUGCUUUUACAGAACCUGUACAGAAUUUCUUCCAUGCUGGUUGGAAGCUGGCAUAUUUAACUUAGGUGUCUGGCCAAAAAAGAUAUACACUACCACAAAAAGAUGUGAGGAAUGUGAAGCCCGGGAUCAAACAGAGCAGACUGGAGCUCAGGGGUCUCUCAGAUCUCAAGAUGGAGAUUCUGAACCUAGGACUAAAUUACAUGUUCCAGUAAUGGUGGAUGAAGUGGUUCGUUGUUUGGCACCACAGAAAGGGCAGAUUUUCCUAGAUAUGACAUUUGGUUCAGGAGGACACGCAAGAGCCAUUCUGCAGAAAGAGUCAGACAUUACUCUGUAUGCCUUAGACAGAGACCCGACAGCUUAUGCCAUAGCCGAACGACUUUCAGAACUGUAUCCUAAACAGGUCCGAGCUCUGCUGGGCCAGUUCAGCCAGGCAGAAGCCUUAUUAAUGAAAGCCGGCGUGCAACCAGGCACUUUGGACGGAGUUCUUUUGGAUCUUGGAUGUUCCUCCAUGCAGCUUGAUGCUCCUGAAAGAGGUUUUUCCCUUCGUAAGGAUGGCCCUUUGGACAUGAGAAUGGAUGGUGGCAGGUACCCUGACAUGCCCACCGCAGCUGAUGUUGUGAACGCAUUAGAUCAACAGGCACUUGCAUCCAUCCUGAGAACAUACGGGGAGGAGAAGCAUGCCAAGAAAAUCGCUUCAGCAAUCGUUCAGGCACGCAGCAUCUACCCCAUCACCAGAACCCAGCAGCUUGCCAGCAUCGUUGCAGGUGCAUUUCCUCCCUCUGCCGUUUAUGCACGAAAAGACUUGCUGCAACGAUCUACCCAUAUUGCUACCAAGACUUUCCAGGCCUUUCGCAUAUUUGUGAACAACGAACUCAAUGAACUUUAUACAGGACUGAAGACAGCCCAGAAGUUCCUGAGACCUGGUGGUCGUCUGGUUGCCCUAUCCUUCCAUUCACUGGAGGAUCGCAUUGUCAAACGAUUCUUGCUCGGGAUAAGCAUGGCGGAGAGAUUUAACCUAAGUGUAAGGCAGAAGGUGACACAAACAUCACAGCUGGGUUCAGGUCACGACAACAGGGAAGGAGUCUCUCUGAGAAGGGCUCCUUUAAUGUGGGAACUGAUACACAAGAAGGUGCGUACCCCAGAAGACGAGGAUGUACAGGAUAACCCCAGAGGGCGCUCAGCCAAACUCAGAGCAGCUGUCAAAUUAUGACAAAGUCUUAAUCGUCUGAUCCUUCAAGUUUCCCCUCACAGUUUCUCACGAUGUUGUUACGUAAAAUUCCUGAACAGCUUAACACAAGAAAAUAAAGUUAGUAUAUAGAUAUGUACUGCCUGUCUGUGCAGACUGAGAAUAUUUAGCAUUUUUUUUCUCAAAAGGAAAAUGUAGUAAAUAGGACCCAGGAAGUUCAUCUUAAGGAGAAGCAGCAUCUCAAAACUAAAUUAGUGGGUUUACCUUAGCAUCAUACAGGAAAAAUUCAUCUUAUCAAUUAUUGAUUAGGAAUUCUAAAUUGGUGAGUCCAAGUGAAUGAAAUACUAGAAUCACUAUGGACAAAAGAUAUGACAUAAGUACUUGAGUUUAUCUUAGACUUACUUUAUCUUCCUCUGUAAUAUUUAACUUUAGUUUCAAAGCUAGUGUACCACUUUUACUGUAUAGACUUUACUCAGAUCUAACAAUUCUUCAGUGAAAUCAAAAUUAGAAAAUAUUCUAAGGAUCAGUGUGACAAAUGAGAAACAAAUGAAUGCACCUAGAUUAAUCCCCUUAAUCCUUCUUGACGAAUUUUGUAAGUUUCUCUUUGCAUAAAGCCAUAUUUAUAAAUGACAAAGAUUCCCAAAGGUAAGUUCCCAUCCAAGUAUCAGAUUAAAAAAUAAAAGAUUGCACUCCUGUAUUUUACAUUGUUUCAUCUAUUUCAUUCAUUAUUUUUAGAUCUGUAUAAUAUGAGAAUUUUUUUCUUUAAUGUUAAUGAAACUGACUACACUGGGUUGGAUAGUGCCCUCCCAAAAUCUGUUCCCUUCACAGAACCACAGAAUGCAUCCUUAUUUGGAAAUAUGGCCAUUGCAAAUGUAAGUAGUUAAGGUGAUGUGAUACUGAAGAGGGCAGGCCUUAGUCCAAUGUGCCUGGUGUCCUUGUAAGAAGAGCAGGAGAACGACACAGGCACAGGGAAGGACACAUGAAGAUGGAAGAUGGAGACAGAGACUGUAGGCUACAUCUGCAAGCCAAGGGAAGCCAAGGGCUGCUGGCGACCACCGGAGGUUAGGGGAGAACCGUGAAAUAGAUUCUCCAUCCGGGUCUUCAGGUGGAACGACUCUGCUGACACCUUGAUUUCAGCCUUCCAGCCUCCAGAACAGAGAAAGGAUAAACUUCUGUUAUUUUAAGCACCUAGUUUGUGGUGAUGUGUUAGAGCAGCCUUAAGAAACUAAAACUCUGACAGAAAAAAAUCUUGAAUAAUGUGCAUGAAAAGAAUGCUUCUUCAAUAAACACAAAAUUGCUUUCAAACUGUUGUGUGUAAAAAUAUAUUAGUUUCUUUAUAUAAUUAAGCUGUUUUACCACAAUCAUUCUUGCUUGCUUUUUGUCUCUGUUGUAGGAUACAUAAAAAAUAUAUGAAUGAGGGUUUUUUGUGGGAGGGUGAGGGUAGAGAGAGGGAUGAAGAAUCAAACUCAGCUGCAUGGAGCUCAUCAGUUUUCCACCCCACCCCACCCCUCCUUUGGCAACUAUCUGCUUGUUCUCUGUGCCUGUGGGUCUGUUUCUAUUUUGUUUGUUUCUUUGUUUUUGUUUUUUAGAUUUCACAUGUAAGUAAAGUAAAAUUAUACAGUAUUUAUCUUUCUCUGUUUGACUUAUUUCACUUAGAAGAAUACCCUCUAGGUCCAUCCAUUUUGUUGCAAAUAGCAAGAUUUUAUUUCUUUUUGUUGUUGUUGAUUAAUAUUUCAUUGUAUGUAUGUACAUCUUUAUCCACUCACGUACCAAUGGGCACCUAAGUAGCUUCCAUAUCUCUACUAUUGUAAAUAAUACUGUAGUAACUUAGGGGUAUGUACAUCUUUUUGAAUUAAUGUUUUUGUUUUCUUCAGAUAACUACCCAGAAAUAAUAUUGCUGGGUGAUAUAGCAGCUCUAUUUUGAAAUUUUGGGGGCAUCUUCAUGCUGUUUUCCAUAGUGGCUGCAAUAGUUUAUAAUUCAAGCAGUGCAUGAGAGUUAUUAUUUCUCCACAUCCUCUUCAGCACUAAUUUGUUGAUUUUUUUUAUGAUAGCCUGAUAGGAAUGAAGUGAUACUCACUGUGGUUUUAAUUUGCAUUUCCCGGAUGAUUUGUGAUGUUGAGCAUCUUUUCACGUAGUUCUGUUGGCCGUUUGUAUUUGUUCUGUGGAGACUGUCUGUUCAGGUCCUCUGCCCAUUUUUUAACAUGAAUGAAUUUUAAAUAGUUAACUCUGGAGAAUGCAUUUGGGAAACUUAAACAAUAUAUACAGAAAAUAAGAACUGAUUAUAAAUAUUACUAUGCACAGCUCUUAUAAUAUAAAGAAUACAAAACAAGUGUUUUAUAUUUCCGAAUCUCUGUACCAAUGGCCUUCUGUCAGUCAU